GACUUAACGUUCAGUAGUUGAUCUCGCGUGAUCGCGUCAAGAUCGCCGAGUCAGAACCAGUGCCAUACGAUAGUAACCUGUAGAUUUCCAACGGGUGGUGGAACGCUACGAAAACGGAACCCGGGUUUAAUCGUUCUAAUGUGGUAGAACCAGAACGUCAGCGGCUCAACCAUGAAGAUACUGAUAAUUUUAAGUGUAUACAUAUCCUAUGCGCUUGCUCAGGGCCAUAGGGAAAGAAAACAAACUAUCCAGCGACAACAGGCAUCUGAUUUACACGAUCCAAGAUCAUGUAACUUCGACUCUGAUGACAAAUGGGCCUGCGUGUGCGAACAACUAAAUCUAGAGCGUCAGACGUGUGAGUCCGAAAUCGACCGAACACUUCAGCUCAAUCCAAAAUACAAGAUCUGCCGAGAAGUCUCACCAUACUACGUCGCAAAGGGCCAAUGCCGCAAUGAAGCGGCAUGGUCGCAGUCCAACAACCCUUCCGGAAAAGCAAUGCAAUUUGCUCUGGAUCUAUUCAAAGCGGCCGAUCCCAAGAAUCCGGACAAGAACUACGUCAUCAGCCCGUUGUCGCCGCAGAUUCUACUGGCACAGCUGACCGAGGGAUGUUCCGAUGAUGCACGCCACGAGAUGAUCAAUGGCAUCAAGUUGAACAGCGGCGAAGCGGCCUCGUUGAUCCGUUCGCUGCACGAGACGGCUAACAAGGAUGACGCCAUGAACAAGUUGGACAUUGCCUCAAUCUUCUACAAGUCCAAGAACAUGAACCUGACGGACGAGUUCAACCAUUCUAGGAAGCAGAACCAAAUCAAGCUGGAAAACAUUGACUUUUCAGACACUGCGAAUGCGGUUCAGGAGAUAAACAAUUGGGUUUCGCAGAAAACUCGCGGAAACAUUCAGGAAAUUGUUUCCGAACAAAAUCUCUCACCGGAUAUGUCAAUGCUGCUACUAAACGCCAUCUACUUCAAGGGAACCUGGCGGUACAAGUUCAACGAGACCAACAAGCGGGCAAGUUUCCAAAUCGCCCAAAACAACAAAAUGUCGGUUCACAUGAUGAAGCAAACCAAUCGCUUGCGCUUCGGUGAAAUCAACUUUGGCGAAUACUGGGACCCGGACACCGGACUGCGCUGGGUUGAGCUGCCGUACGAGGGUGACCAGCUGUCCAUGAUUCUGCUGCUGCCCAAGACCCGCUUUGAGCUGGACAAGAAUCUCGAGCAAGUCACCGGCGCUCAUUUGCAGGACAUUUUCAAAGUCAUCAAACGAGACUACAAUCCCACUAAAAUUCACCUCCAGCUGCCCAAAUUUACGAUCAAGGACUCAAUCUCGCUAGUUGAACCGUUGAAGAAGCUCGGCGUGAAGCAGAUCUUCGAGAGCGACACGGCGCUCAACAGGCUGUCCAAGAGCCCGGUUAAGGUGGGUGACGUCAAGCAGGAUUCGUUCCUGAGCGUCGACGAGAAGGGAACGACGGCGACGGCCGUCAGCAAGAUCACGAUCAUCCCGCUCAGCCUGAACGCGUACGAAGAUAUCCACUUCGAUUGCGACGAGCCGUUCAUGGUGAUGAUCGUGGACAAAACGAGCGAAAUUCCGCUGUUUAUGGGCAAAAUUAAGCAGCCACUCAAGGCCACCCAGGAAAAUAGGAAGCAAGGCUAGUGGAUAAGAUGAUUUUCCUAAAUUCUCAUUUGAAACUCAAUAAAUAAAUACUGAAUCAAAUGUGACAUGAUGGCAAAUAAAAUUAAAGAUUUCCACUAACGUUUGAACCAACAAA